AUGCUGCCCUCACUACGUCUUGCCAACGCGCACAAACCCCUCAUUCGCUUCCUCGGCAGGCGGCAAUGGCCCGCUAGGCCCGAGGAGCAACACCCUCAUCCGUUCGCGCCCUCUGAGCUCAAGGAGCACUUCGCAGACUUCGUGAAGAAGUUCCAGAGCGCACCUUCUAGCACCAACGCUGCGACCGCCGCAUCGUCAGCGUCGAAGAGCGGCGCUGAGGGCGCAGUGUACCAGGACUUCUGGCAGGCGCCGCCGCACCUCUGGAAACGCGAGUUGCGGGAUUGGGAGAUUGAGCUCGUCCAGAGCGGAGGGGCGUCGUUGCACUGAUUGGUUAUAUUCUAAACAUGGACAUGGC